ACCUGUGUUGAGGUGAGGAGACAUGACACUCAUACCGUCUGCUCCAGUGAAAUCCUCCAGCCGAGCUCAUGAAGACAGACAGCGCGGUGCAGGCGGCUCCGUUCAGCGACACGAAGCAGAGUCUGAUAGAGGAUACUCGGCGGGAGCGAAGCGGCAGCUCGGCGGGCUCCCCGGGGCCCUCCCGGUAUGGGGACGGCUCCGUGUUCGAAGAGAAGGAUGGCAGGGUCACCGUCAGCGUCCUGUUCGCUCUCAGCAACGAGAAAAACGAGGGGUUCUUCAAGACUGGGAAAAUAUUUGAGACGUUUGAAGCUAAACUUCUCCACAUCGAAAGUCGGCCAGGGAGGAAGUCAAAGAACAGCACGACUGAGUUGGAGUUCUUCAUGAAGUGUGAAGUUUACAGCUCAGACCUCGACGUUUUCAUCAACUCACUGAAGAGAGUGGCUGACGAUGUUCGCUUAAUCCCAGACGAAAAAGUUCCCUGGUUUCCCCGACAGAUGAAAGACCUCGACAGAUGCAACUUAUUGAUAACCAAAUUUGAUCCUGACAUGGACCAAGAACAUCCAGGAUACAAGGACCCAGAGUACAGAAAAAGACGGGCUUUUAUCUCUGAGCUUGCCUUCAGAUAUAAACAGGGGGACUCUUUGCCCACUGUGGAGUAUACAGCAGAGGAAACAGCUACAUGGAGGGAGGUGUACCGGCAGCUGAGGAGUAUUUACCCCAGUUUGGCCUGCAGGCAGUUCCUGGACAGUCUGCAGCAGCUGGAGAGGGAGUGUGGCUACGGGGAGGACCGAAUCCCCCAGCUUAAAGAGGUUUCUGCUUUCCUAAAAGAGAAAACUGGUUUCCAGCUACGCCCAGUCGCUGGGCUGCUGUCAGCCAGAGACUUCCUCAACAGUUUGGCCUUCAGGGUGUUUCAGUGCACACAGUACAUCCGUCACUCCUCUGCCCCUAUGCACUCUCCUGAACCAGACUGCUGUCAUGAGCUGCUUGGACAUAUUCCGAUGCUGGCAGACAAAGAAUUUGCUCAGUUUUCCCAGGAGAUUGGACUUGCCUCUCUUGGAGCGACGGAUGAAGAUAUUGAAAAACUGUCAACAUUAUAUUGGUUCACGGUUGAGUUUGGCCUCUGUAAGCAGAAUGGAGAGGUGAAAGCUUACGGUGCUGGACUCCUGUCAUCUUAUGGAGAGCUUGUUUACGCUCUGUCUAAUGAGCCCGAGUACAAGCCGUUUAACCCUGAAGAGACCGCAGUGCAGCCGUACCAGGACCAGACAUACCAGCCGGUUUACUUUGUGUCCGAGAGCUUUGAGGAUGCAAAGACUAAGUUGAGGAGAUAUUCUGCAACAAUCAAGCGUCCCUUCACUGUUCGCUACGACCCUUUUACCUGCAGCGUGGAGGUUUUAGAUCAGCCUGGCAAGAUCCAGAAUGCUUUGAGCCAGAUGAGAGAGGAGCUGAAGACCCUGCACAGUGCCUUGGAGAAACUCAGCACAUCUUAGAUUUAAGAGAGCAAAAGAAAGUCUGAAAAACUUGCAAGAAACAGAUGGAAGGACAUUUGGCCUGUGCAAAGUGGCUAUGAGAUUAUAAUCAACUCAUAAAGACAUCCACAAAGUAGUUAAAGUUUGUAAUCAUACACAAGGCCAUUUGUUUGUGUGUAUAAUGAGUUAUGUGAAAAGAA